AUGGAGCGUGUUUUAGCUGAGGCACUUGGAGAUCAAAGAAGUUUGGGCCGCCAGAAUGACGGUGUAUGGAAAACACUGGCAUACAACACUGCGGCUGAUGUUUUGUCUACACACUUUAAUGUUCAGCUUAACGAAGAGAGUGUCAUAAGCCACAUCAAACUUUGGAGAAGUUGGUAUAGGAUAGUCAGUGAUAUUCUCUGUCAAAGUGGGUUUGAUUGGGAUGACACAAAAUGCAUGAUUACUGUCGAAGAUGAAAAUGCAUGGAAUGAAUACGUCAAGGUAUUCACCUUUUACUACUGA